AUGGCCGCGCCGAGCCCGGGGCCCCGCGAGAUCCUGGCCCCCUCCCCAGAGGCUGGACGCAGAGCAGCUGCUUCAAGCUCUGGCCACCGUGGCCUCCUCUGGCGUCUCCGAGACAAGCAGUGUCGUCUGGGGCUGUUUGAGAUUGGCCCGGGGCACGAGCUGCACCAGCUGAUGUGCCUGAUGCAGGCGGGACUGUGGGCUGCCACUCAAGUGUCCAGAGACCACCCUCCCGCGGGGCUGCCCACAGAGGAGGAUUUUUCCGAAGUCCUGACCCAGGUUCAUGAGGGCUUCGAGCUGGGCACCUUGGCUGGCCCCGCCUUCGCCCGACUGCGGCGUUCCCUGGGGCUGGCCGAGGAGGACUACCAGGCCGCGCUGGGUCCCGGCCGCCCUUACCUGCAGUUCCUCAGCACCUCCAAGAGCAAGGCCAGCUUCUUUCUGUCCCACGACCAACGCUUCUUUCUGAAGACCCUGCGGAGCCGGGAGGUGCAGGCGCUGCUCGCCCAUCUGCCCCGCUACGUGCAUCACCUGCAGCGACACCCACACUCACUGCUCGCACGGUUGCUGGGAGUGCACAGUCUGCGGGUGGCUCGGGGAAAGAAGAAAUACUUCAUCGUCAUGCAGAGCGUCUUCUAUCCCGCAGGCCGCAUCUCUGAGAGGUAUGACAUCAAGGGCUGCGAGGUGAGCCGUUGGGUGGAGCCCGCCCCUGAGGGCAGCCUCCUUGUUCUGGUGCUGAAAGACCUCAACUUUCAGGGCAAGACCAUCAAUUUGGGGCCCCAGCGGAGCUGGUUCCUCCGCCAGAUGGAAUUGGACACUGCCUUCCUCCGGGAGCUCAACGUACUGGAUUACAGCCUCCUGAUGGCCUUCCAGCGUCUUCAUGAGGAUGAGAGGGGCCCAGGCAGUAGCCUUAUCUUCCGCACAGCCAGGUCUAUACGAGGGGCGCAGAGCGCUGAGGAGUCGGGAGCCCAGAACCGCCGGCUGCUGCCCGACGCCCCCAACGCCCUACACAUCGUGGACGGGCCGGAGCAUCGCUAUUUCCUAGGCCUGGUGGACCUCACCACGGUCUAUGGGCUCCGCAAGCGGCUGGAGCAGCUGUGGAAGACGCUGCGCUACCCAGGCCGGACCUUCUCAACCGUCAGCCCGGCUUGCUACGCCCGUCGCCUCUGCCAGUGGGUGGAGGCGCACACCGAGUGA